AAUGUGAAGUUUAUCAAUCACUAUAUACAACGAACAAGCAGCAAGAAGCUUUACGCAUGAAACUUGAUAUGGCGUCUUUCUCAGUGAGCCGUUUAGAAAUAGAGGAAGUAGAAUGCACAUUGAUUUCUGUACACAACUUUGAGCCACGGUUUAUUUGCUCUAAACCUGUUUAAAAUAAUCAUGUUAAUGUUCUGUUUUGGUUUUCGUCGGAAGUUGGAAAUACCGUGUCACAGUUUGAAGUAUGGGCCGUCGUAAUAUAAGGUUGAGUUCGAACCCACACCGAUAAAGUCAAGACAAAAACAGCCUGCCAAUCCACAUAGGGUUCCAGCUAUUGUCGUGGGAUUCCACAAAGUCGCAUUUUGGGAGGGCUGGUGCCAGACCGCUAGCGUAGAAUGAGCAGCUGGGAGCGGUGUACGUACAGUAGUUUCCUGAAAGUGACCUUUAUCUUUGGUCUAGCCAUGUUUUCCCUGCAGCUGAGCCUGCUGCCAUCUUAUAAUGGUCCGGUCCCACUGUUGCCACGCAGGCUUGUUAUCAAACAGCGUGGAGAAGGGUCAGGGCCGAAAUGGGGUCGACGUAUAAACCACAGCAACUUCUCCCUCUCCGAGCUUUUACUCAAUGCCAGCACUCCGCGUCGAGAAGGGUCAGGGUCGGAAAAGGGUCGACAAAAACACCACAGCAACUUCUCCCUGUUAGACCUUCCACACAAUGUCGGCACUCAUCGUCGAGAGGAAGGGUCAGGGUCGGAAAUGGGUCGACAAAAACACCACAGCAACUUCUCCCUCUUAGACCUUCCACACAAUGCCGGCACUUCUCCCACACAGAAAAAAAUGUUGGGUGUAACCAGGAAAUUGGCGCCCUCCCCUCGCGUGCAUGUAGCUGGUCACGAUGGUCAUGACGGGUUUGAGCUAGCUGCGCAUGCGCGAAAAACAUGUCGCGCGGAGAAAUUCCCGUCCCCCGGAGUAAUAUUGCCCGCGCACCUACACACUGUGGCCAGCCUACGAGUGGUCUUCUGUCCAAUGGAGAAGAUAGGAACCACAUUUUGGAGGCGAUUACUCUACAUGUUAACAUGCCCGGAGCCCAAGAGGGCAAACUAUUCCACCCCCUUCGACGUACCCAUUGACCUCGCCCUGAAAUACUCAAAAAUAUUGUUCACCCCAGUCAACAAGGCUACACAAAAACUGCUCAGUGACAGUGCUUUUAGUUUUAUGUUCGUCCGAAACCCGUACGAUCGGUUGUUGUCAGCUUUCAUUGACAAGCUAGUUGCUCCGAACCCUACGUAUUGGAACAUACUCGGCCUUAAAGCCUUACAAUUGUGCCGGCCCGGCUUUAAAGUGCCCCCACAUUUAAUUCAAAGAUCGCCGAUUAAUCCCGGUGACCCGAGACGUGGGGUAGUCCUUUCUCCUCCUACAGUUGGUCAUGACAUUACCUUUCCUGAAUUUAUAAAAUAUGUGACAGCCAGUGAGAUGAACCCAAAGCCCUCUGAUAAUCAUAUCAUUAGCAUAAGGAAAGGGUGUAAGCCUUGUACUUCUCAGUUUACGUACAUUGGACGUAUGGAGACAUUCUCAAGCGACGCUUUCUUCAUUAUGAAGAAGCUUGGAAUGAACAAGACGGUGGAGAGACUUCAAUCAUCAAUGAAAAAUCUUUCCAUAGAUGAUGCUAUAACGGACAGCAUCCGAAGUCCGUUCGAGUGGAAGAAAGAUAUUCGUAAGUUCAUAACCUGGGAUCAAGCUUUACAGAGGAUUUGGCUGAAACUUCAAAUGCGUGGUAUAAUAGAGUUUGAUAUUAAACUUAACAUGUCAAGUGGACAAGUUGACACAGUCAGUGAAGAUGAGUUUAUCAAUCUAGCCCGAGCCGCACAUAAACGUUCAAAUGCAGACGUUCUGAAGAAACAGAAAGAUGAAGUUAGAAUGGAGGCAUUUAGAAGCGUUCCUUUGAAAGACUUAAACGCAUUUAAAGACACAUACCGGGAGGAUUUUCUAUUAUUUGGAUAUGAAAUGACGCCACAGAAGUAUUAUAACAGAGGAGAGGAGCCGAUUGCGUCUAUGAAAUACUUCAAUUACAAUCAUUUAAAUUAAAUUUAUUUGAUUUGAUUAAUAUGACAAAACAAGUUUUAUUUAUAUAUUUAUUUUAUAUUCGUGUUCCAUGGUGGUGUUAGGGAAAUUAGAUACAGAAAUAAUGUUUUUCCAUAUUGGAAGGACAAAACGUGUCCAGGACACUUAUUGGAAGGAUAAAGCGUGCCCAGGACAAUUAUUGGAAAGAUAAAGCGUGCCCAUGCCACUUAUUGGAAAGAUAAAGCGUGCCCAUGUCACUUUUUGGAAGGACAAAACGUGCUCAUGCCACUUAUUGGAAAGAUAAAGCGUGCCCAUGUCAAUUUUUGAAAGGACAAAACGUGCCCAUGCCACUUAAUUGAAGGAUUAAGCGUGCCCUUACCACUUAUCGGAAGGAUAAAGCGUGCCCAUGUCACUUUUUGUAUGGGUAGAGCGUGCCCAUGUCACUUUUUGUAUGGGUAGAGCGUGUCCAUGUCACUUUUUUAAUGGGUAGAGCAUGCCCAUGUCACUUAUUGGACAAAAUGGUCCGACGUCACUUUUGGGAAGGACAAAAUGUGCCCAGGUUUAAAGUAACCUAUAAUUCGCCAUGAGGUGUUCAAAACAAGAAGGAAUCGAUAUAUCAAAGUCUGACACGAUUUUUCAUCGACUAGCUCCUCAUGAAAUAUUAGAACUCACAGAUAACCAUUGUGCUUCAUAGUAGUGAUACAAGAUAGGUAAAAUCAUUCAUAUAUGUUCUGUCUAGUAUGGCAAACUAUUAACAGGGAACAAUACAUACCUAUGAACAGAAAAGGAAAACCCCGAUGUGCUAGUGAGGAAUGUACGUGAAGUUCGCUGCCUAGCGGCUUAUUAAGGAAUCUAACUACUAGUAUCUAGUUUGACAUGGUAUCAUAUAGAUGUUUAAAUAUUGAAAAUGGUGUACGUAAAGACUUAGAGGAUAAAAAAACUGUAACGUUGGCCGUUGCAUUGUCCCAGCCUUGCAUACAAUUGUGAUAAUUUAAUAGAAUAAUGACAAUCACUGUUUAUAUAGUCACAAUAAAUGGUCAUUGUUUAAUUUA